AUGAAUCUGGAAUUUCCCUCUUGCGAGAGAUCUCCGGCAUCCAAGAAGCAAUCCGUAAAGCGCAAUCAAUACCUCUUUAGAGAUGAAAGGACUACGCUUAUUGAUUUCGUGGUUGCUAGGCCGGAAUCGACUGAGAGAUUCAAAACCUCCGAUCGGAUUCUUUUCUUGGUAGAACGAACUUCUAGAAUUCAGAACACUCUCGCAAUCCGAAAAAGCAGCCUAAAGUGUCCAAAAGACGGAUGGAUUAUUCAAUCACUACAGUUAUUUAUAAGUCCCAUUCACAAUCAACAGGAAGAAUUACCAUAUCGCAGAAAGGGUCAGUGUAAAGGAAAGCUCUUUUUUCAUAUUGCUGAAAAAUUUGCCGACAAAAAAUGUUUAAAACGACUUGCAUUGAACUUGAGAAUCUCCUAA